AUGCCGCGUUUGACCUGUUUGUCUGCCGCUCUUUACCCAUCCCGGAAUCGAUGCAGCCCACACCGCUCGAAUAGAGGGCUGAGGUGGACUCAAGAGCAGACUAGUUCACUAGCUGAUAUUGAGAUCGAUGGAUUCCGAUCUCAUCUCCACUCCCACAAAAGCUUUUCCUCAAUCAUGGCUUUGAGAGUGGCUUUCCUAGGGCCGCUGGCGUCCUUCUCGCAUCAGUCAUUUGCCCGUCUUUCCGCCGAUCUGCAACCAAAGAGCUCCUUUACCGAUGCCUUUGCUGCGCUUCAGCAAAACGAGGUUGAUUACGCCGUCAUCCCGUGCGAGAACUCAACCAAUGGCUCCGUUGUCCAGACUCUAGAUCUACUCGCAGAUCGAGACAACUCAUAUGCAGACGUCAAAGUCUGCGGCGAAUACUAUCUCACUGUACACCAUUGUCUACUGGCGCGCAAAGGCUUAUAUCCCAGCUGGUCCGAAUACGAUGGCUCGAUAACCAAACUGUACACGCACCCGCAAGCGUGGGGCCAAUGUGAGACAUUCCUUGGGAAAUACUUUAAAGGCGUCGAGAGACAAGAUGUCUCGUCCACUUCUAAAGGAGGCGAGAUCAUCUCCAAAGACACCAAAGAGCGUGGCGGUGCGAUUGCCAGUCGCUUUGCGGCGGAGCACCACGGCACUGAUGUGUUGGUCGAAAACAUCGAGGACCGGGCAGAUAACACAACACGGUUCUUGAUCUUGAGGAACGUGCUCGCUGAGCGCACUGCUCAACUGGAGUUUGAGCAGCCAAACCCUCCCACGGAGGGUUGCGCACUCGAGACCACCCACAAGACCUUAAUCUCUUUCUUGAUCGACCAUACUGCACCAGGUGCUUUGGCCAAUACUCUUCUUAUCUUCAAGAACCAUGGCUUGAACUUGACAAGUAUCAACACAAGACCGAGUCUGAAGAAUCCUUGGCAAUAUAUCUUUUUCGUUGAAUGUGGGAGGACACCUUCAGAAGAGAACAAGGACGCAGUUUACAAGGCUAUCAAUGACCUGAAACAAGUGACCGAGUUAUGUAGAGACCUGGGAACUUGGAAAGACCAGCUGAGUGCAAAUGCUUAG